UGAAGCGUGCAGCCACUGCUACGGUCUAAUAAUUGUUAUAUCAAUAGCGCCCAUACAGUAGUGACAUUUUUGUAGUCUUUUGCUGCAGAAUUGAAAGGCCGAAUAAUGGGUGUACAGUACAUAGACUCAAUUCGUCGCAACAAAUGUCUUGUCUAGAUCAGCUAAAAUGCUGGAUAAACUCGUAACUUUGACGCUUGUGGUACUAUCUAUGAGAUCUGUCAAAGCCCAAAGUUGUCUGGAAACGCCAUGUUACAAUGGAGGUGAUUGUGUUGACGCAAUGUGCGUGUGCCCAAUAGGAUUCCACAAACCGUUAUGUCAAGAGUGUUCUUCAAUCACAAACUGUGACGUAAAAAAUUGCACCAACGAAAGAGACCAAGUGUGUUUAAAAUGUGAAGGAGAUUACGGGCGUGAUGGUGCUGCUUAUUUACCGAGUCCAGAUGCCACAGUAUGCAUCGAGCAAUGCUCCUGGAGAGAUGGGAAGGCUUGUUUUCCUGGGACAUGUGAUGAGGUUGGUUCAUGUUCUUGCUAUAAUGGAUUCAGAGGUAAUACCUGUCUAGAAACAUACUUGCAACCAGACCUAUACGAUUUUGUAGGUUUUCUGACGGAUGGGCAACGUAACAUUACAACUUUAAGCGACGCACAACACAUAACCUUCACUAAUGAGCAUUUCCCGAAACAGUUCACCAUCUCUUGGACAAGCGAAUUUCGUAGACCAAUUGUAGAUUUACCUCCCUAUGUUCUGCGAUGGUAUUUUGGCAUUGCAAGUGUUGAAGCCCAAAUUGUUCUUGGAUCAGGUGGCUCAAUAACUGAACAAGUGGCUCAGCCUACCUGUAGCUCACGUGUCUCCAGAGAUUUCCCAGUGCGUCGGCAUGAAUGUGAAGAAACUGUUCACCUCUCUUUAGAAGAUCAUCAAAUUAAAACUGGUGAUAUUAUUAGAGCAACAGUUCGAAUAAGCACUGGUGGUAACCGUGUGAUAAUCAAUCGUGAUGCUGAAGACGAGUCACGCGAAACCUAUAGAACUGAUUAUUUUCAAAAUAGAGGAGGGCGUGCUGUUGAUUAUUUGACGUUUACUUUUGACCUUGAUGAUCCCUAUCAUUGCAUAACGUCAUACGAAUGUCAGAGUACAAUGCUACAUCUGGAAAGCGAUGUCACAACUGAG